AUGGGAAUCGAAAAACCCGUAGAUAAAUUACUCCCAAAACUUGAAGAAAUUAAAAGAUUUAUAGCAGAACAAUUAUCUGGAGCUUACCUGUAUUCAAACUCAGAUUCAAUCUAUUCAAAAAAAGCUCAUGGAAAGGAUAAUUACUCAG